AUGGCAGCACAACAGGCCGCCGAUGCGGUCAAGGAUGCAGUUCACGAUGUUACCAACAAGGUCUCCGAGCUCACUACUGGCGCGACGGGCGAAUCUUCCCAGCCAAACUUGGUUCUGGACGAAGUGACUGGAGAGAAGGUGUCCAAGACCGAGUUCAAGAAGAGGCAGAAGGCGCGAGAGAAGGAAGCAAAGAAGGCAGAGGCUGCGGCGACGCGACAAGCACCACCGGCAGCUAAGAAGAAGGCGGACGCUGGGGAUGAGUCGCAACUCAACCCUAAUCAAUAUUUCGAACUUCGAUCCAGGGCCGUGAAGCACAUGAAGGAAAACAACUCGCCGAACCCCUACCCACACAAGUUCUCUGUCAACUACGAUCUACGGAAUUUCGAAAAGGAGUAUGGCCAUCUCAAGAAGGGCGAACUGGUCGAGGACAAGACCAUCAGCAUUGGCUGCCGUAUCUACAACAUCCGUGCCGCGGGCGAGAACCUCCGUUUCUACGAAGUCGCAGUCGAUGGCGCAGAGAUUCAGAUCAUGGCCCAGAACCAGAACAGCACAUCGAGCGUCCCAUUUGCAGAGCAGCACGAUAUCCUACGCCGUGGAGACAUCAUUGGCGUGAAGGGUUUCCCAGGCCGGACGAACCCAAAGAGAGAGGACAACCCAGGCGAGCUAUCGAUCUUUGCACAAGAAGUGACCCUACUCGCACCAUGCCUUCACCAGAUCCCAUCAGAGCACUACGGCUUCAAGGACCAAGAGGAGCGCUACCGCAACAGACACUUGGACCUGAUCAUGAACAAGAGGACUGUCAAGGUUAUGAAGGCACGGUCAGACAUCACACGAUACGUCCGAGAGUACUUCUGGAAGAACGGCUUCCUCGAGAUCGAGACCCCGAUCCUCCUCAAGUCUGCAGGUGGUGCUACGGCCAAGCCUUUCAACACACACCAUAAUGAUCUGGACAUGACGCUGGCUCUUCGAAUCGCAACUGAGCUUCCUCUCAAGCAGAUGGUCGUGGGUGGCAUUCACAGAGUGUUCGAGCUUGGCCGACAGUUCCGUAACGAGGGUAUCGAUCUUACACACAAUCCCGAGUUUACAACUUGCGAGUACUACGAGGCGUUCACCGAUCUCUACGACGUCAUGGACCGUACCCAAGAGCUUGUCGAGGGCAUGGUCAAGGAAGUCACUGGCGGCCUUCAGACCAAGUACACCACCCAGACUGGCGAGGUAUACGACGUCAACUGGGCCAAGCCAUGGAAGUCGGUUGAGAUGAUUCCAGCUCUCGAGGAAGCCUGUGGCGAGAAGUUCCCACCUGGCGACCAGCUUCACACAGAUGAGAGCAACCAAUUCCUACAGCGCAUGCUGAAGAAGACUGGUAUCACAUGUACGCCUCCUCUCACCAACGCUCGCAUGAUAGACAAGCUUGUCGGCGAGUUCAUCGAGGAGAAGUGCAUCAACCCAACUUUCAUCACCGGACACCCACAACUCAUGAGCCCUCUCGCCAAGUACCACCGAUCGCAGAGCGGUCUUUGCGAGCGUUUCGAAGCUUUCGUCUGCAAGAAGGAGAUCAUCAACGCAUAUACCGAGCUGAACGAUCCCUUCGACCAGCGUCUCCGUUUCGAAGAGCAGGCACGCCAGAAGGCACAGGGCGACGACGAAGUGCCAGAUAUUGAUGAGGGCUUCCUUCGCUCGAUGGAAUUCGGUCUUCCACCUACCGGUGGCUGGGGUAUGGGCAUCGAUCGUAUGUGCAUGUUCUUGACCGACAACUACAGCAUCAAGGAAGUGCUUCCUUUCCCAUUCAUGAAGGAUGAGGUCAACAAGCCGCACCAGCCAAAGGCUGCGGAGGUAGCUGGCGUGGAACCCAUCCCAGUGGAGGGUGUCACUCACAAGUAG